AUGGUCCAUGACACUGGAGCCACUGGAGCCACCGGAGGAGCUGAAGCAAAUGGAUCGCGGACAGCGUUUCCGUGUAAUACUUGUUCACUUUCUUUCCAGAGUAGUACAUUGCAGAGAAGUCAUAUGAGGGGGACAUGGCAUAUCCACAACCUGCAACGCAAAAUAUCAGGCCAACCAGCGCUAUCCGAAUCCGAAUUCGCAGAUUUUGAAAACGACAACAAUGGCACUAGCAAAAGGAAAAAGAUCCGACAAACCGACUCCAGUCCCGAACCAAGCCAUCAAGAUUCAAGACCAGGAUCAUCCAGCUCAUCCUCAACCCACACCUCCUCCUCUCCAGAUCCCCAGAAUUCCACACCAAAGCCAGACCUAUCAACCUGCCUCUUCUGCUCCCACACAUCACCCACCCUCUCUGAAAACCUAUCCCACAUGUCCAGCACACACUCCUUCUUCCUCCCCUCCCCCUCUUCCUCAUCCACCAGCACCGCCGCAAUCGAACCCCUCCUCUCCUACCUCUCCCUCCUCAUACACACCUACCACGAAUGCAUCUACUGCGCACGUGAAAAGGGUAGUGUGAAGAGUGUGCAGAGCCAUAUGCGGGAUAGGGGUCAUUGCAAAGUUGAGGGGGGAUUGUGGGGUGAGUUUUUCGCGUCGUCGUCGUCUUCCACCGAAGAAAGUGAGGAGGCAGAAGAAGAAGAUGUGCAGACAUCAAGGCGAUUAGAAGAUGUGGGCAAGACGCGCAAGAAGAAAAAGAAGAGUGGGAAGCGUGUAGCGCGUCAGCGAUCAUUGCAACAGCGAGAGGAAGAAGACGGUACAACGCCUCCGUCAAGUGUAGAGCAAGCGUUACUGGCGGUUUCGUCUUCACGGUCUGAGAUAUCUUCAGGUCCGCUUCUGCCGCCUACACCUGCACCGCCGAUAACGGGUCGCAAUACCGAACUUAGUUUAGCCGGGUUAUCGACUGCGCAACUUGUUAGUCUGGCGAGUUUGGACAAGAAGAUGCGGCGGCAGCAAGUUGUUGCGCAAAAGAAAGUGAGUCAGCGGGCGUUGGGGCAGCCGGUCAAGGCGAUAUAUUACAAGACUGAGAAUCCGGUGUAUCAGGCUGGGUAA